AUGUCCGCCAACCCUCCAACCCAACCCACGUUGCCGGCCAGUCGGAAUCGCAACUCUCUCCUGUCCAAGUUUCGCUCCCCGCUCGGUCAACGAAAUCGAGGCAUCACCGACUUCUAUAUCGACCCAGAUGACCCAUGGCGCUCCUACUUCCCCGGUGAUAUCAUCAAAGGCACCGUCGUUGUGACCGUUGUACGACCCGUUCGCAUCACACAUAUAGUCGUAUGUCUUCAUGGCUAUGUCAAGGUGUUCAAGAAUGCGAUUCCGGCAGGAGAAGCAACCCCCGACUUGGGGUUCUUAGGACCCGGGCGAGGUCGACGAGGCGCAGAAUACUUGGGCAAUGGGCUAGCAACCUUGUUUGAGGAUGAGGUUGUUCUUUGUGGCGAUGGACGCUUGAAGGAGGGCAUUUACAAGUUUCGGUUUGAAAUGGGCCUUCCUCCUUACGCGCUUCCCAGCAGUAUAAAUUUUGAACGCGGAACCAUCGGCUACUCACUUACCUCUACCCUUACCCGACCGACCACCAUGAACCCUACACUCACAUGCCGAAGACGGGUCAAUCUUCUAGAAAAUAUCGACAUCGCACCCUUCCCUGCACCCAGGGCUCGUAUAGUUACAUUGGAACCGAUCUCAAGGCGCCCAAAACCGAAGGGAAAAGCCAAAUCAACAAAUUCCGACGCAACUGCAGCGCCGGACACAUCCUCGAUCGAUACCCCUAUUAGUGGCGCCGCACCGUCUGUAGAUACCAGACCACCGCUGAGCCCCUCACCAAGCAAUGUCAGCUCAUCCAGCCGGCCUAGCGAAAGCAGCCAAAGCUUUCGAAUCGCCAGCGAUCCCAGUUCAUCCGCAAGCACAGGACAAAAUAGCGAGGGUCGCAGCGUGACCCCGUCUAUCUCAGAUAAAACCAUCACCGCAAAGGCAGAGCUUUUGCGCGCCGGCGUGCUCCCCGGCGAUACCCUACCCAUUACAGUCACGAUCAACCAUUGUAAGCAAGUGCGCAGUGCCCAUGGAAUCAUGGUCACAUUAUACCGCCAAGGUCGCAUUGAUCUUCAUCCUGCAAUUCCCAUCGGCACUACGGUGGCCGGGAAAAAGCCGGUAUACGAAGACUGUUAUCCGCGAUCACGGACGGGACUUGGAGGACUUACCUUGGGAACAAGUCGGACAAGCAGCACUUUUCGCAAAGAUUUGUCGCAGACAUUCGCGCCACUGAUCGUUGAUCCAAGUACCAUGACUGCAAUUGUAAAAACUUCCAUCCGAAUACCCGAAGACGCAUUUCCAACUAUCACACGAGUACCGGGAGCCAUGAUCAAUUUUCGGUACUACGUGGAAGUCGUAACGGACCUACGAGGGAAAAUCACUUCGCCAGACCGCUUCAUCCCGCGUUUCAACAUGGUCUCCGGUGGUACUACAUUUUCUCCCAGCGGGCAGGCCCUCAAUCCAACCGAUUCGAGCGGCGUUACUGCCAACUGGGCCGGCAACAUCUUGGACACGGACGCAAUCCGCCGUGAAAAGGUGUGA